CGCCCGUAACUUACGGGCGGUCGGGGAAGACACUCCGACGGGAAACAGAUCCGCACCGCUGCAGCCUGCGCGUCGCGCUCGGCGGCCGCGUCCCUGCCAGCCGGGUGGUGUCCCUCUGUCCUGGUGCUUGGCAGGAUGGAGGCCAGGGACGGCCCUGUCCCUGCGCUGGCCACGGAGCCGCGGUUCGCCCAACGCCUCAGGGAGCAUUUGGAAGAGAGGCAGCUCCUGGACGGGCGCUACCGGCUGCAGAAGGUGCCGGGGGGCCGCGUGGCUCUGCCUGUGCUGGAGGAGAAGCUCUCCCAGCUGCGGCUGCCCCGGGAGAUGCCUUGUGGGCUGGUCCAGAUCCAGGACCCCGUGCCCUCCAGGGCAGCAUGCCGACGGACACCCGCCCAGAAGCUGCGGGACAAGCUGCAGCGGCUGCUGGGCGAGAGCUGGUCAGAGGAGCUGGAGUGCGACGUGCCCCGUGCCUGGCAGCGGCACGGGGACCUGGUCCUGCUGAGUGAGGACAGCUUCAGGAGUGCACUGUGGGAGAAGCUGGGUAAGGGGGAGCAGGGUCUGCCUGCCCAGAUCCUGCCCGCAGAGCUGCUGUGGCCUUUCCCAAAGCUCCCUGGGUGGGUGUGUUGCAGGUCCGGUGCUCUGGGAGACAGUUGCCUUGGCUCUGGGUGCCCGGCGGCUGGCCAGGCAAGGAAGGGUAUUGCCGGAUGGGAUGCGGUCCCCCAGUGUCACCUUACUGCUGGGCCAGGAUGGUUGGGUGGAGCAUGUGGACAACCGGAUCAGGUAGGCAGGAGCCGCGGCGCAGGAUGCAGCUGGUACAGGGAAGGGGCUGCCCUCACUGGGCCGGUGGUGUCUCCCAGGUACACGUUCGACGUGACCAAGUGCAUGUUCUCACCGGGCAACAUCACAGAGAAGCUGCGGGUGGCCUCGCUGCCCUGCUCCGGGGAGGUCCUUGUGGAUCUCUACGCAGGCAUUGGCUAUUUCACGCUGCCAUACCUGGUUCAUGCAGAGGCCGCCUUCGCUCACGCCUGUGAGUGGAACAGCCACGCCGUGGAAGCCCUGCGGAGGAACCUGGUGCUGAACGGUGUGCAGGACCGCUGCCGCAUCCACCACGGGGACAGCCGGCAGCUGGAGCUACGGGAUGUAGCAGACCGGGUGAAUCUGGGGCUGAUUCCCAGCUCGGAGGAAGGCUGGCCGGUGGCCUGCCGUGUCCUGAAGAAGGGCACAGGUGGGGUUCUCCACAUCCACCACAACGUGGAGACUCUCCCCGCAUCGCCCCCGGCAGAGACCCUGGUCCUGUGGGCUGAGCGGGGGUCUCUGGAGGGAGCUGGCUCUGAUGGAGAGGCACAGCACCCAAUGGAGGAUGGUGGGAAGGGGACGCUGGGGAACAGGAUCAGACCUGAGUGGCAGAGGUGGGCUGAAGCCACGGCAGCACGGAUCCGGGGACUGCUGGCAGAGCUGCACGGGCAGCCGUGGCGCGCCAGCAUCCUGCACAUCGAGGCAGUGAAGUCCUACGCGCCCCACGUGCAUCACCUCGUGCUGGACCUCGAGUGCCGGCCAGCGCUGCCUGCCUAGCUGGCCCUGGGCCCCAGUGUGGCUCCAGCUCCACAAAAUGGUGGUAUUGGAGCACCAGUGGCAGGGAGAUGCUACCAUUGCAAGCUGCCACCCUGGACGUGCUUUAUGUCCCCUCGUUCCCAGGUGGCGGCACAGCCCAGCAGUGCCUCACCGGGCCCAGGGCACUGAGGGAUGUGCUCCCACGGGACCCUCUCUCCAGGAGUCGUAUCCCAGCCAAGGAUGGAGUGAGCUGGGGCUGAGAGUGCCCUGAGUCCUGCCCCAGCUCUGCCUGUUGCUGCCCAGAUCUGGGACACAUGGUGGCACUUUCCGCCCCAUUUUCACACAGGAGAAUGGGGCUGAAUAAAUGUCACAUUCCUGCCGGGCUUCACUUCAGUGAGUCAGGGGCAGGCUUUGUGCUUGUAUUUACCAGCGUGCUUUUUUAUUGUACUGGAAGCAGGUCUGUUCAUCUCGGUUUCUUCUCACAUUUUGCAAAAAUAAGGAUGUUUCUC